UAGCUCGCCUUUUCUCUUGCUUUUUCUGAAACAAAAACCGUAUUUUCACGCCACUUGCGUGACUUUGCUUUAACAAACGCAAUAUCCACUUAGAAUAGUUUCGCAGAAAACUUUUGCACCUGAGAACACUUUCUGGACCAGGUUUAAUGGCUAGUUUUUGUGAAAUUUCUGAUUCCUUAAUGUUUGAUGGUGUUUUUUUACUCCAGAUGUGGUGUCUUUUAGGUUUAGUGUCUUUUAGCUUUAUUUCCUACUGAUAAUAUUUAAUGUAUUUUUUGGGAACAUAUUUUACCGGAUUUAGUGACAUUUUUUGGUUUGUGUAAUUAUUGAUCUGUGUAAUAUCAGUUAUUUUCUAAUACAGUGAGUUUUCCAGAGCAGCAAUGUUGAUUUCUGGCUGAUCAUUAACUCGGGGCAAGGUUUCACGAGAAGUGCGAGAUUAAUGGUUGUUUUAUAGGACUUAAGUACUUUGGAAAUGUUUCUGAUUGUGUCAAAGACUCGUUUUUCUGAUGGAUGUAGUGAUACAUAAUUAUGACCCUUUAGUCAAUUACUGUGUAACUAAUGCUGAUCUCAUCCAAUUAUGUUUUCCCUUGAAAAUUUAGUCCCUAUUUAGGCAAAUUGUUUAUUAGUUCUUGUUGAUUCUGCACUUUAUAAGAAGCUUCGGGAUGACUGCAAGAGCUUUGACUAUGUUUUGGGCCGAUUAUUUAUAACAUUCAAGGAACAAGAAUCCUCCUAAUGAAGCUAAAACUCGAAUAUUUGAGCUCACUAUUUGGUUAUUUUAGUGAUACUGCAGUUUUUGCUGAUCAUCCAUUGAGGCAAGGGUUUGUUUCAUUAAUGGAGAUUUGCGGCUGAUGAUAUCCUUGCUUGCUUAGCUUCAGAUUGAAACAGCUCUUGAGAGUUUCCAAUUCAGUAGAUGUUUUUCAGAGAUUGGGAUUUUGAGCCUUUAUGAGUUGUGACCUGUGUAUCCCUGGAAGUAGUGAAGGUCGAGAACUUUCAGAGGGAUUCUAUUAAUUUAUGGGCUUGGAAUCUAGGUCAACUCUGAUACUGAAUAUCAUUACCCUUAUGUUGGGAAGUUAAGGCACUUGGUGCUUCAAAACCAAGGGUUUGGCAUGAUGCUGCCUCUUGCUUGAGAUUGAGGGUGAAUCAUGACUUUGAAUGGUGCAUCAGAUCCAAUUGCUGACCAGGAUAUUGAGAAAGCUGAUUUAUCUGAUAUGAAUGGGGCAGUAACAAACGGAGAAAGAGAUAACAUUGUUUGCAAGAUUAUUCAUAAUUUUCUGAAGCAAGGACCAUUCAUCAACCUUCCAACCAAUAUUGCUAGAAGAGCAACAGCUUACAGAUCAUUAACUAAAACCCACGCAGGACCCAGUGAUAUUGACCUAGAGAACGAUGGGGUAGAGAAUGAAACAGAAAAAGGGCAUCGUGGAUCUGAAAGAAAAUCCAAAGCCUUUAUAUCUGGAGCAGCGUAUUGUCUUUCCUCUUGCAGCAUGAUAUUACUUAAUAAGGUUGUCCUUUCAAGUUAUGGAUUCAAUGCAGGAGUAUCACUAAUGUUUUACCAGAAUCUUGUUAGUGUCCUAGUUGUUAUUGCAUUGAGUUUCACUGGAUUAGUCUCAACUGAAAAGAUCACUUGGAAGCUGAUUCGCGUCUGGACUCCCGUCAAUAUAAUAUUUGUUGGUAUGCUCGUAACAGGCAUGUACAGUUUGAAGUACAUAAAUAUUGCCAUGGUGACAAUUUUAAAGAAUGUGACAAAUAUCUUGACAGCAAUUGGAGAAAUAUAUAUGUUUAGGAAGCAUCAGAAUGCAAAAGUCUGGGCUGCUUUAGUUCUUAUGAUAAUAUCUGCUAUAAGUGGAGGCAUCACAGAUCUUACUUUUGACGGAAUGGGCUAUGCAUGGCAAGCAUUGAAUUGCAUCCUUACUGCAAGCUAUGCACUGACAUUGCGUCGGAUUAUGGACAUAGCAAAGCAAACAACAAAGUCCGGAACUCUAAAUGAAGUAUCAAUGGUGUUGCUCAACAAUUCACUCUCCUUACCUUUCGCCUUAUUCCUGAUCAUUCUCUCUAGAGAAUGGGAAUAUGUUUUUGGCUUAGAUGUGAUUAGUACGCCCGUGUUCUGGGUGGUGACAACUGCUAGUGGGUUACUUGGUCUCGCCAUCAGCUUCACCUCUAUUUGGUUUUUAAACCAAACUGGCCCUACAACUUACAGUUUGGUGGGAUCCUUAAACAAAAUUCCUAUAUCGAUUGCCGGUAUACUUCUGUUUAAAGUCCCACUGAGCACGCCAAACCUCUUCAGCAUACUAUUUGGUCUUUUUGCUGGUGUCCUCUUUGCAAAAGCAAAGAUGUCCUAAAUUUCUUGCUCGCCAUAUCCAAUUUGAGGGACCAAAUAGAUUUGGGAGGACAUUUGGUGGUGCCUUUAAAGGGGGAAUCCAUAGCUAGAUAGAUAAACAGGGCAAAAAAAAGAAGAGAAAUACACUCAAAAUUCGAGGUUAUUCUUUGAAACAACAAGAAAACAUAAAAAAUAUAAUGUGAUUUUGCAAUUCCAUUCUUUUGGUUAAAAUUUUAGGGGCAUACAGUGGCGAUUUGGUUAUUGCUUUGGUUUUCAAUUUUUGGACUUCACUGAGGUAUAAUUUUCCCAAAAAAUGAAGGGAAAAAUAAGGUGGUAUCCAUUGGAUGGUUAAGAUUGAGGAGGUGUGUUUACUUUCAAUUUUUGGACUUCACUGAAGUAUUAUUUUUCCAAAAAAUGAAAUGAAAAAUAAGGUGGUAUCCAUUGGAUGGUAAAGAUUGAGGAGGCGUGUUUGUUUUAAGAGAAUCUAUUCCAUUGGAUUCUGAAACGAAUGUGUAUUGUGACAUUUAUUUCCAUUUCGUACGGACACAUCUAUUGGCCAUUUAUCCGUGGGAUGGUUGGAAGUAAUUGUGACUUUCUUGUAUUAAAGGAUUCUCUCUCUAUAUUUAGCAAGACAUGCAUUUUUCA